AUGCCUUGCUCAACACCUAUCAAAUCUUCUACGUCUUCUAUUUCAUCUAAUGAAUUAUCAAUGGAACUUUUUGAAAGAAUCUUUGAUAACUUUGAUAAACUGAAAAAUAUCAAUAAAAUUAUUGAUACAUUAUUAUUAUGUUUAAAUCAACCGGAAUUAGAAAUGUUGUUUGAAUAUGGCAUUAUCAAUUCUAGUAAAGGAGGAAAUGGUGGUUACUAUGAAUAUCCUAAAUAUUUUAAAAAUCUUUAUUAUAGAGGAUUCUUAUCCAUUAUUAAUUCUUGGAUUACUACAAAAUCUAAUGCGGCUACUAGUAAUGGUCGAUACUCUGAAAUGUUUUCCGAUAGUUUCAUUACACAUACUACCACUGCUUCUAGCCAAUUUGAAGCAAUCGUACGAGUAUUAUUGAGUAUGAUUUCAAGAACGAGUAAAAGAUUAGAGAAAUUGCAUGUUGGAUCUACGAACUUAAUUUGGGACAAAAAAGAAUUGAGUUGCAUGUAUUUAUUAAUGAGUCAUAGUUUGGGCGUUAGUAGUAGUGGCUUCCUCAACGGAUUAUGUAGUAAUUUAAAUAAUAUCUAUUUAACCGUUGAUUGUCCCAUGUCGAAUUUUCUUCCUUUACUCUCUAAACAAUGUAAAAAUUUGACAAAUCUGGGAGUAAUGAUGGAUCUUCAUCGAAAAUCUUGUUUCAUGCAUUCACCACCACCGACCGACAACUCGGAUGUUAAAAAUAUCUGUACAUUAAUCUCCUCGCAACGAAAUCUUCAACAUUUUCAAACAAUGUUCUUUUCUAGUACUUCACUGCUUAUUUCUGCUUUAUAUACCCAACACAAAUCAUUACGUUCUUUAGAUUUUUAUUGGGUAAAUUUUGAAGAUUGUACUCCAUUAGUUGAAUUAACUGAAUUUAAACAAUUGGAAAUCUUGAAAUUUAGAAAUUGUUUUAAUAUAAAACGGGAGAUUUGUGAACCUUUACUUGAUAAUGAGUGGGAAAAAUUAAGUUGCGUUACUGUUGUAAAUACUGAUUGUUUUAUUUUAAGAGAAUGGGCUAGAAAAAUUAGUAUUAAAAUGAGUAAUAGUAAUAAUUUAAAUAGAAACGACAAUAAUAUCGUUAAGAAAAGUAGUGUCGUUAAGAGUAGAAAUAUCAUUAAGCGGAAUAAGAUUACUAUACUUACUAACAAUUUUAAAAGAGAUUUUAAAAUUGAAGAGUAA